AUGAACGCUUGGUUUCUGAGCGAGCGAGAAAAAUACGCCAUCAUUACUCGUUUGGCGGAGAACAAGACAGGCAUUGUAAGUAAAACAUGGAAAAAAGAACAAGCCGUCGAAGCCAUUAUCGACCCGAAGACUUGGAUCAUAUUUCUAUUCAAUAUCGCUAUCAAUGUACCAAACGGAGGUCUUGUAACCUUCAAUGGUAUCAUCGUAAACAACCUCGGAUUUACCGCCGUCCAGACAUCUCUUCUCAAUAUGCCCACCGGUAUCAUGUCCACGUUAUCUGCAUUCAUAUUCUCAUGGGUUGCCGCCAAAUGGACGAAUCGUCGAUGUUUGGUUACCAUGAUUGCGGCAUCUAUCCCAGCUAUUGGUGCAAUAUUGGUGUAUGCGCUACCGAGGACGAAUAUUGGAGGUCAGAUGGUCGGAAUUUAUCUGCUUUAUACAUACUUUGGGCCUUACGUUUUGGGCAUCUCUCUCGGACAAGCCAACACCGCUGGCUAUACAAAAAAAAGCGUCCAAUACUCUAUCAUGUAUAUUGGCUAUGCAGUCGGUACUUUAAUCUCCCUUUUGAUCCUAUGUUCAGAGAUCAAAAAGCUUACAAGUCAAGGCAAUCUUAUCGGACCUCAAACGUUCCGCGCAAAUCAGGCACCCGCAUACACGGGCGGUUUCGUCUCCAUGCUUAUCUGUUACUGUAUUUGCAUCGGCCUUAUGGGCAUAUACUGGAUCCUCGCUGCGGUGCUCAAUACGAAGCGAGAAGCUAUUGCAUCAUCAAAUUUACCCUCGGCAAUGACGUCUCGACCGAUACCUACAAUGAAUCUAUCCAACAAUAACUAUGCAUCUGAUGUGGACAGCCUAUCUGAAUAUGCAUUUGCAGAUCUGACAGACUUUGAACAAUUGGACUUCCGGUAUACGACAUAG